AUGACAUCCCUCUUCCCACAUCCACAAUACGCCGAAGAUCAGCCAUAUGCACGUAGCAUCCUCUACCUACACGUCAUGCGCGCUUCAGCCAUGUCCUUUUCCUUCUUCUCGCUUUUCCAGUUUCCGAUCUCCGUCAUUGCAGCUCGUUCCCGCAAAAUAUCGGUAGAUUACAAGACGAUACUGUCUCGUACACUCAAAACAACUGGUCGCGGACUGGUUUUAGGCACAGCAGCUGGUGCACUCAUGACUUGGGGACGUAUGAGGGGUCGAGAGGAAAUAGAAUGGAAAGAUCGUUCAUGGAGAAUACUGGAGAAUGAUGGAGAGGUGAAGACAGAUUGGGUCACACUCGGCGCCGCUGGUGGAGGAGCUGUUGGGGCUAUGUUCGCUGCACGAGGUGGUAGGUUGCCUCUAAGGCUGGGCCACGCCAUGCUCGGUGGGGCUGGUGUUGGGAUGGCCAGUGGAGUACCGUACAUGAUUGGGACAUUCGCAUCAGGAAGGAAAUAG